AUGAGCGGCCAUUUCGGGUCGGCCUUCCCGGGGGGAUACCAGCAGCCACCGCUCUUCGCUCCCACACCGACACCCUUCUCACCACCCCGCAAGCGCCGCGCCGACUCACCGCCGACAGACUUGCAAUGGGCGCCACCUGAACAGAAGCGCCGUCGGCCAAACUUGAGCAAUGGCUUCGCGACCAUGUCGAUCUCGCCGCAGCCCGACGAGCCCAAGCGCUCACAGUACUUGGCGCGGGGACUGAGUACUGAAAGCUCGGACGAUGAGUUGGAGCCCACGCGCCUCCCUCCCGGCGGUGAUGUGGCGGUCGAGGUGCUCUCCGACAAGUCACCCACGUCAAUCCGCCACCCCUUGUUCCCGCACAGCCGCUCGUCGUCAUCCACCCCACCAUCUGACGACGAUUACGAGUCGGACGCAACCUAUCGCCCUCCGCUUGAGCGCGCGCGGCUGCGACAGGCGCAUCACACACCCAUACAGCCUACUUGGAUAGAGCACCCAGAACAGCCCGAGCCCGCACCUCCUACAUUCCAAGGCACCCCAACAAUCGAGUUUGAGUCACCGCUUAAACGGAAGCACCUCCGACUCGACGACGAGAGACCUGACGCAUCCAAGCGGCAGCGGUCGCACAUGGAUCAGGAUGUGGCGAUGGAGCCUGUGCCGAUCGCUUCUGGACCGGGAUGGUACGAGCCGGAGAAAGACCGCAUUGUUGUCACCUCGCUCUCGAGCCCCGAGUCAUCGACCACUCGUUCGCCUUCUCCCGACCCUGGUCCACGGCGGCAGUACUCGUACGAGGAGCACAAGCACCUCAUGCAGCCGGGCGACGACGGUUUCACGAUAUCACCCUCACUCCUUACUCACCUCAUGACUGCGCAGAGCGAUCAGUUCCGCAAGCCUGCGUUCCAUGCUGUGCCGGAACGCGGACUCGUGCUGUACCGUCCUCUCGGGGUUUCGCCUGCCGAAGAUGUUGUCCAGAAGUGGGAAGAGGAACCGGGACGCUUUGAGGUCCUCGACGACGACGAAGACAUGCAGACCCAGCCGGCUGGUCAGUGGGGUGAUGGCAUCACACAGGAAUGGGGACGCGGUGAUGACGCGAUGGACAUCGGGUAG